AUGAAGGAUCUAGAUCCUUUGAAGUAUUUUCUUGGAAUUGAAGUAGCCCAUUCAAAAAAGGGGAUCUUCAUUUCUCAAAGAAAAUAUGUCAUAGAUUUAGUACAGGAUUUAGGAAAACUUGGAGUCAAGCUUGCUGAUUCCCCCAUUGAUCCAAACCAUAGAUUAGGUGAUUGUCACAGUGAGACUAUUAAGGAUGUGAAACAAUUCCAGAGACUUGUGGACAGACUAUUAUAUAUGUCUAUGACACAGCUAGACAUUGCUUAUGCUAUGGAUGUUCUUAGCCAAUUCAUGCAUGCUCCUAAGACUACACACUUAGAGGCAGCUGAUAAAAUCCUCAAGUUCCUAAAGAAGUUCCUAGAGGCUAGUUUACUUUUCCAAAAGAAUAGUCACUUGAAGGUUGAGGUGUUUACAGAUGCUAAUUAG